AUGACUGCAAUUGUCACUUUCUUGUACGUGGAAGGCAGCAAACCGUGGGAGUCAUACAUACAAGCGGAAUCUGAUGCCAACGCCAGCGAUACUCCGAUCUUUGACUUGGAUGAGCGUCAUUACGAGGGAUCUACAGAAUCCGAGGGGAAUUCAGCGACUUCAACAUCGAAGAGAGCGCAAGGCGAGUACAGGAAUCUUGAGUCAGACAUCCGUCUUGAAUACACUCUGCAGCGUUUGACACAUGUUCUUGAUGAACUGGAUGAACAGCUGGAGGGACGCGAAUUGUCGACUCUAGAUGACAGCCACCACGCAAGGUUCGUCGACCGAAAUGCCGAGGGACUCUUUCGUGUCUUAGGCUCUACGGGAGCCGAGGAUACGGGAGUGCACACCCGCAGUUUGGUCGUCGAGCCGACCCAUGACGAAUUGAUUCUGGACUCGGACGUAACGACGACGAGCAGCGACGAAAGCCCGCGGAAUUUGCAGAUGAAGUCUGCAAUGCCCAGCGUUGAAAAGAGCGAGGCGAUUGAAAUCGAGUCGGCAGGACACAAUCAUGGAGGUAACCAGCCUAGGCAAGGAGCGAUAGCAGCCAUGCAGAUCACUGGCUCUGCCAAGGAAUUGGUGAGAGAGAUACCGCCGGAACAACUGGCACAAGGAGUAUGGGAUCAGCAAACUGGUCAGCAGAUCACUGGGCUGAUGCUUCUUGUCACGACAUUAGCUCGUCGCUAUUCACCACUGGACGGUGAGGCGCAGACGAGAGCAGUGUCGGAUUUCUUGAAUUUCAGCCGAUUGCCCGGCGAGAGCAUAGAUGCUUUCCUUGUGCGAUUUGAUGUCUUGAGGAAUCGCGCUGCAGUGCGCGGUGGUCUGGGCGUAAAUCAUCAGGGUUUGUCUUGGUUGCUUCUUAAAGCCGUAGGCGUGAGUGUAGAUCAACUUGACCGGUUGUUGCAGCCUCUGAACGGUAACCUUCCGCAGGACGAAGCGCAGCUCUUGCAGCUGUUAGAAAGGAUCAGACGGCAAGGUCACUUGUUCGAAGGUUCGUAUCGUCAUCCGAACCAACAGGCAGGAGUUGGUGAUCCGGGCGCAUACAACUAUUUCCCCACUUUCGGUGUCUCUAGAGAUCAUUCAGCUCAUGAUGUGCCAGCAGAUCUCAGUGGGGGGCUCGGUGGACCAUGUGGUGGUCCAGGAUCGUGGAUGCCUGACUAUCCGCAUUCCGGCGGAGCUGCUGAGGAUAUGGGUCAGUAUGUCACUGGUCCGGGUGCUGGCUCAUCAGCUGACGGCGAGGAUCGGUGUAAUGUUUGCGGCUCGUAUUUUGACGAUUGGGAGUUCUCCUCGGCUACUGAGACUGACACGGGUUCUGUUGAUGAGGGUAUCAGGGCUUACAACACUGUCGAGGUUGACGGUGAAAGCCGAUCUGAUCCCAACUCGCGACAGAAUGAGUUGUAUCAGGACUACAUCUUGGCUAGGCGCCGAUGGAGGCGCUACACGGGGAAGCCUCCUCGGAGGUAUCGCAAGGCGAACUUCCGUAACAAUCGCUACAUUGGAAAACUCCGAAAUGGCCCGUACAGCCGAACCUACGCCGCUUUCUUACCCCCGAGUGCAUUCGCAGGGGGAAAGGGUUCUGGAAAGAGCAAAGGAUGGUCAAAUCCUGAAAUGCUCGAAGUGCGGGUCGGAGGAGCAUCUGUGGAGGAGGCGUUGCGUUCCAUUAUCAUGUUGGAAGUCAAGGUGCAUCUGCCUCGGUCAGACUUAGGACCGGACAGUCCUCCGAGAUGGAGUGCUGCCGAAACAGCACGAUCUGCUGUUGAGUCUGCUGGUGCACAAGAUGUCGACGACAACACUGUCGAGGCGCUACGUCCUGGUGUCCCGAGCCCAAAGCAUCCUCCGCCGAAUCGGCGUGGACCAAAUGCAGAUGAGAUCGAGCGAAACCGCACCGUGGUUCAGUUGAACAGUCUGUUGAUGGCCUGGUGGGAGGUGGAUGACGACGGUUCGACGUAUGAUGCAGCGUCUGCUGCUGAUGCCGGCAAUGCCAAGGCCUACCAUUUGCGCACCAGAUUAGCCAACGACCGGCCGGGAUUGUUGAUCGAUCCUGGAGCGCAUGAUAAUUUGGUAGGCGAGCGCACUGCACAGCGUAUGCAGGAGAUUGUUGGUGUCAAGGCCAAGAGUUUGAAGAUGAAUCGUUCCCUCUCAGUGGAAGGAGUCGGCAAAGACUCUCAACAAGCUGAUGUUGCUCAGCGGAUGACUUUACGUCUUCGUAGUGACGACAAUAAGCAAGUAGUUGGGAGUUUUACUGCGCCAGUUAUCGCAGGUUCUGAUUUACCGCCACUGUUGGGUUUGAAGAGUCUCAAGUCUUUCCGAGGAAUCCUUGAUAUGGGCAACAACAAGCUGUAUCUGCCUGGGCCAGCCGGCUGUGAGAUACAGCGCUGUCCGGGAACUGUAGCGUACGACUUGAAAAUGUCGGACAGCGGCCACUUGAUUCUUCCGAUAGAUUCACAUUUCAACGCGACGCCGACUGCGUCAUCAAGUGACCAGAGUGGUCUGGAUUUCCAAAUGUCGUGCCGUCGUGGCGAUCGCAGUGCGUCUCCUGAACGCACGCGGGUUCGCAGCGAGAUGUGA